UCCAGUGCACUGCACACUACCGGACUUGAAGAACAAACAGAUUUCUUUUUGUUUGUGUGUGUGCAUGUCAACCAGUAUUUUGUGUUUUUCUGCAUAACAAAAACACCGAUGCAUUCUUGAAAAUACUCUCGGUACUGGGUGAUUUCUCUGCGCCUUCGCUGGGACUCAACCAAGCUAAGGAGCUGAGCGACCAGUGACUGGAAUUAAUAAGGCACCGGGAAGAUGCUCAGAUGAUCCGUGGACUCGUUCUGAACCAUACUUUCUACGCAUCCCAAGAACGGGACAACUAUCCAGUGUGAGAGUGUCCUUGGAGGGUGCCGUGAGUACCCAGCAGGGCCCAACUGCCUUGUUUGGCCUACCUCCUCCCAGCGCCGGAGAUGCCCUCGCCUCCCAAUGAUGGAGAGGAUCGAGGAGCAUCCCCCGUGAACUUGCCAUCUGUGGGCUCCUACCAGGGGCAUGGCAAGAGGAAGGUGCACACCAAAAAGAAGAAGGGCAUCAUCAGUGCCAAUGUUGCUGGUACCAAAUAUGAGAUUGUUCGCAUAGUCAUCAAUGAGAUGGACUUUCUGAAGACACGAGAUGAUGACGAGACUGCCAAUCUCAUCUGGAGUGAUUCGUCUGUACAGCAUGAGAAAAUUGCUGAGCUCAGGAAUUAUCAGAGAAUUAACCAUUUUCCGGGUAUGGGUGAAAUUUGCCGCAAAGACUGCUUAGCAAGAAACAUGUCAAAAAUGAUCAGGUGCCAGUCUCAAGAGUACAGCUUUGUACCCAAAACCUGGAUUUUCCCCGCUGAGUACACGCAAUUUCAAAAUUACGUCAAGGAGUUGCGGCGGAAACGCAAGCAGAAGACGUUUAUUGUCAAACCAGCUAAUGGAGCCAUGGGUAUCGGGAUCUCACUUAUCCGUAACUGUGAGAAGCUGCCAGCCCAGGAGCACUUCAUUGUUCAGGAGUACUUGGAAAAACCUUUCCUGAUGGAGGGCUACAAGUUUGAUCUGCGCAUCUACAUCCUUGUCACUUCCUGUGACCCGCUUCGCAUUUUCCUCUACAAUGACGGCCUGGUACGCAUGGGCACAGAGAAGUACCAUGCACCCAGCGAGGCCAACCUGAGCCAGCUCUACAUGCAUCUUACCAACUACUCAGUCAACAAACACAAUGAGAACUUUGAGCGGGAUGAGACGGUGAACAAAGGCAGCAAAAGAUCCAUCAGCUGGUUCACACAGUUCCUGCACACCAAUGGCUACGACGUGGUCAAGUUCUGGGGUGACGUCUCUGAGCUGGUUGUGAAGACAUUGAUAGUGGCGGAGCCCCACGUGCUGCAUGCGUACCGCAUGUGCAGGCCUGGUCAGCCACCAGGGAGCGACAGUGUCUGCUUUGAGGUCCUUGGCUUUGACAUAAUCCUGGACCGCAAACUCAAACCUUGGCUCCUGGAGAUCAAUCGAGCGCCAAGCUUUGGGACAGAUCAGAAGAUUGAUUUUGACGUAAAGAGAGGAGUUUUGCUCAACGCUCUGAAACUACUCAACAUUAGAGCCAGUGAUAAGAAACGCAACCUAGCACAGCAAAAAGCUGAGGCCCAGAGGCGGCUCUACGGGCACGGAUCCGUAAAGAAACUCUCAGCUGCCUCCUCAGACUGGGAGAGACAGCGUCACACCCUGGAGCGAAGGCGAGAGGAGCUUAAAGAACGACUGGCACAGGUCCGCAAGCAGAUCUGCAGAGAGGCGCAUGAAAAACAACAUCUGGGCAACUACAGACGUAUUUACCCCCCAGACGACAAGCUGCUGUUGGAGAAGUAUGAAAGCCUGCUCUCUUCCGCCUUUCAGACCUUCCUCGCUGGGCGAGCUACCUCGCUUCAGAAGGAAAUGAAUAAUCCUUUGAAACAAAUGAAGGAGGAGGACAUCUUGGAUCUGCUAGAGCAAUGUGAACUGGAUGACGAGAAGCUGAUGGGCAAAUCCUCGAGACAACGUGGCCCUAAGCCCUUGAGCACUAUGGCUGAGUGCAGCCAGACAUUACCACGUCAACGACCAGACUACCUGGCUGACUUCACCAGCAGCAGCAGCGCUGAAAACUCCUGCUCAUCCUCAGAUGAAGAAGAGGAAGAGAGGAGAAAAGCGGAAGGGGAUACUAGAGGUGGAGAAAAAAGGGAGAAGAAAGUCUCUUACGACCUUGGAAGCAAGGAGAAGAACUUGGCUGAACGCUCAGGUCGGAUGCAUUGGAAACCAGCAGUCAAGCCAAUCAAAACCAGUUCGGGCUCUUCUGCUUCUCCGACUCUCUCCGGCCGAAUCAGACGCUCCAUCUCCUGCCCUCGCUCCAUCGCUUCUCUCUCGUCACCCAACGAAGCGCGAGCGCCGUUCACUAGGCCCUCUCCUAAUGUUCUGGUUGUGACUACCCCCGUACGGCCGAGCUCUGCGACACUACGCUCUCAUUCGUUAAGCCGCAGUGGCUCUGCCCAUCGUGUGCCUCACAGCAACAGCCUGGGCACAAUUCACUCCAACAUUGGUGAUCCACUAAUUAACCUGAGGAGUAAAGAGCAGGAAGCAGAGCUUAUACGUCAGACGUUGACUGCGCUCACAGUCAUGAGGAUCCGAUUUCCCGGAAAAACGGAGGAGGAGGCUGAGGCAGUGUUGGAUGAGAUCCUUGACAACUGGAAAUACCAUAAACCAAAGGUAGCCUCCUAUUGGCUUGUAAAGUUGGACUCGACUAAACAACGGAAGGUUUUGGACAUUGUGAGGACCAAUGUGCGCUCAGCGCUACAGCGGAUCUGGAAAGAGCCAGAUUUGGAAAGCCUCCACCUGUACCGCCUCUUUAACCGUGUCUUCAACCGACUACUCUGGAGUCACGGCCAGGGCCUCUGGAACUGCUUCUCUAACUCUGGGGGGAAGCUGGAGUCUCCUGAGAAAAUCCAUGCAAGCACAAGGCAAACAUGCAAAGUCCACACCAAACGUUCAUCAUGGGAGAGCAUCUUCACUAAGAGCAGUGAGGUGGUUUCGCCUCAGGAGCUGCAAUGCUGCCGCAGGCUGGUGCAGCUGUGUCGAGACUGUUUAUUAGUCGUUUACAAGUUUGUCUCCGAGUCCCGGGGCUCUUUGACCGGGCUCAGCCCAGAAUGGGACGACACCAGGUACUGGAACGCUGUUAGCAGGAGCUGCCUCACUGCUUUGUCUCGGUGGAAGGUGUCAUAGAAAAGUCGAAGAAAGGUACUGACGUCUGUGCCGCAGAAGGAUAGGUACAGUAUCUCCUGCCAGUGACCUCCCAGUUCAUCAUGAAGUGGCCUUCGUCCAGUUUUGGCCGCAUCUCCUUGGCCGCGCCACGCUCACGCAGCCUUUUUGCUGCCAGAAUGGGACACUUCUGAGGUCACCGUGGCUUCGGAGGCUUUCGCCUUUUGACCUCUGUCUGCUUCCUGUGACUUUCUCCCAGUCAAACUCCCAGUAUGGCUCUUCGCUUUUAAGAGCACUGGACACCUGAUGGAGACUCUAUUGUGGCCUAUUGCCCUGAGACAGAUCAACAAAAGCCAGGGGAUUUGGGACGGCCAACGCUUCCAUUUACAGUUCAUUGGCACUGCCAUCCGAACCCCCUUAAUGUUGCCUUCACCCCAAUAACAGAAGACAGACCCACCGCUCAUAUUGUAAUUGCUCUAUUUUAACAACUGGCUGUACAUCUACAACUUGUGGUACUGUAAAAGGAAAGCAUAGCAGUUAUUUAACAAUGCAAGGAUUUUUAUUUAUGUACUGUAGUUACUUAUUUUGUCAUAUGUUCCAUGCAUGCAGUGAAUGCUGACGCAGAACGCAGCCAUGGAAUCAUACCCACAAAGCUUAUUUUUGCUGGCUGUUUUCUUUCCAUACUCAAAAGUAAUUUAACUUAUUUUGUAACUUCUAUCAAAAUAUUUGUUCAUAGUGUUUUAUGAUCUAGUUUACAUAACCCCUCCAGUAAAAAAAAAAAAAAAAAAAAAAAAAAAGCUUUCGCACAUCACGUGCGGGAUAUUAAGUGCAAACUUUUUAAACAAUGUUUAGAAUGUAAGUGUAUUGCCACAUAGAGAACACGAUGAGCCAACAACAUCUUGCAGAGCACUUAGUUCCAAAUAUAGUAUAUACAUUGCAGAAGUGCUUGCAUGCCUUGGUUUUUUUGCCUGUGAGACAGUGAAGCUCCAUUGGAACUGUACUCAAAGUUGUGUUUGGUUGUCCGGACACUUCCCUUUAAAAUGUAAUUAGUGGGAACAGAUGAAGAUGAUCAAGGGUGUGCUUUUUCCAUCAGAUUAUUUGUGUGCAGCACAUUGAAUAAUUAGGACCCUCAGCCCGAACACUGAGAGCAAGGAUGUAACAGUAAAAAACUCAUCUACGUACUUCAUUUAUGUUAAGAUUAAUACUUCACUAAGCACCCUAGGACUUGUUAAGGACAGUGAAGUCGAGUAAACAUUUUUUUUUAAAAGUACGUUGUUUGGGAGAGAAGUGGUGUUAUAUGUUAAGUAGUUUUGUGGCUCUGUGCACAAACAAUUGUCGAGUAAUUUGCUGUGCCAAAAACUAUAGAGCAGCAAUGCUGUUUAAAAUUGCUAAACAAAAUAACUUCCCCUCAUAUGCUGAACAUCAAUUUACAAUGCCAAAUUCUUAUUUAUUUAAUUUUUGUUGAAUUCCACGUGUUAAUUUGAAGAAUUUUUUUUUUUUUUUCAAUAGAGGAAUGGGAUUUUUAAUGUUAUGGAGCAAUAAAAAGUUUAAACAAGACAAGUGCCUCAAUUAUGUAUUUUGAUCUCCUUGAAUGGAGAAACAUCGUUCUGCUGAGUUUUAUCGAGAAUGGGAAAUUUUUAAUAUUCUUGCUAAGGUGUCCAAAAUAUAGAAAACAUCUCUUUGCAUGAU